CACCGCUCUUGUCGCCAGCAGUCAGGCAACAACUGCACCAAAUGAAGGCAUAUUUUUGUUUGAAGGGGGAAGAAAAGCAGAUCGACCUGCCAUUGUGGUUAUGUUGUCUGAAAGCUGUCAGAAUGAAAUACACACAGUAUGUUUUCCUGGCCUCAAUCUUUUCUACUGUUGAAUACAGCCUGGCUCAGACCUGUGCAGUGGAGUCUUUUGCUGUGAAAGACAAUUUUGAUCCAAAAAGGUAUGCAGGGAAAUGGUAUGCCCUGGCCAAGAAGGAUCCAGAAGGCCUUUUCCUUCAGGACAACAUCUCUGCUGAAUACACCGUGGAGGAAGAUGGCACAAUGACAGCAUCAUCCAAAGGCCGAGUCAAGCUUUUUGGGUUCUGGGUGAUCUGUGCUGACAUGGCUGCUCAGUAUACUGUACCUGACCCAGCCACUCCAGCAAAGAUGUACAUGACCUACCAGGGACUGGCCAGCUACCUCUCCAGCGGUGGGGACAACUACUGGGUGAUUGACACCGACUAUGACAACUAUGCCAUUACCUAUGCCUGCCGCAGUCUGAAGGAGGAUGGCUCCUGCGAUGAUGGUUACUCCCUGAUCUUCUCACGCAACCCUCGUGGCCUGCCCCCAGCCAUCCAGCGCAUCGUGCGCCAGAAGCAGGAAGAAAUCUGCAUGUCUGGCCAGUUCCAGCCCGUGCUUCAGUCAGGUACUCUGGGCUCACAAGCAAACACAACAGAACUGUAGCAAACUACAUUAUCGUCUUUCAGCAAGCUUUUUUCAUGUUAUAUCCAAUCAGAAAAUGGAUACAAGGGGAAGUUCAUGCAAUGGAGAAAGCAUGUUACAGGGCAGUUCUGCAGCCUUAGGUUUACCCUCAUAGGAAUCCUGUGUGCCGAAACACACGCUACCAGAAGGAAGACCACCUUUGAUACUCUGAUAGGAUAGGGAUGGGUAGAACAACCUGGUGUUUCUGCACUUGGAGAUUUUUUUUCUUGGCCACCUGGUUAACAGCAGCUUAUCUUAGGUCUGUGCACUGUCCUCUAGGGAAGGAGGAGAAGCUGCCUUCAGGAAUGAGCACCCUCCCUCUGCUUAGCUCCAGCAAGAUUUGUGUCCUGGCCAGUCUGAGCAGCAGAGAUGAGGGGCUCUGAGCAGCCAUUAUGUGUCUGAUGGCAGUAGUAGUCAGCAGUUGUGCCACAUACAUGUAAACAGAGCAUGUCUGAAGCCCAUUUUGAAAGAACCUUUUUCUGGAGCAUGAGAGCUGAUCUUCUAGCUCAUAUGCUGCCCAUGAGACAGGCAGAUAAUGCUUUAAGGCUAUGCUGGAAGUAUAAAUUCCUCUUUGUUGGUAGCUAAUUGCCCAUACCCUGCACAUGCCCACAGCUUUGCCUGGAGAUUAGCCCUUUACUAAGACAGGCCUGAGGACCUGGGGGUUGGUGUGGGGGGCUGCUGCAGUAACACAUGUCCUG